UCCAAGCGUUCGUUAUCCCCCCUCUCUCGCAGCUGUCGACCACGCUCACGCACGCCAAAUCCGCCGGAGAGCGCGAGCGCAGGCAGGCAAACGGCAAACCUCUCUCGUGCGCCUCCUCACGAGCCAAUGCCCCCGUCUCCCCUGUUCCCGCGCCUUUCCCCCACUCCUCCGCCCCCACUUCGCGCCAGGGCCAGGGGUGUCGGCGCCCUGCCCUCUACGGGAAGAAGAAGGCCGGCGCUUCUCGCCGUCAUCCGGGCCAAGGGCAAGGACGAGGCCAGCUUCACCGACCGCAUCCUCGACUACAUCGAGGGGGGGCCAAAGUUAAGAAGAUGGUAUGGAGCACCCGAUUUGCUUCCCAAGGAUGGGGGUGCUGAGGAUGAGGAGGAGGACUCUCCAGAUAUUGUGGAGCCUCGAGACGCUGUUCUAGUCACUGAUGGUGACAGUGAGAUUGGACAGAUGGUGAUAUUGGCACUAAUUCUGAAGAGGGCUAGAAUAAAAGCACUUGUUAAGGACAAACGAUCGACUGAAGAAGCUUUUGGAACUUAUGUGGAGUGCAUGGUUGGUGAUAUGGAAGAUAAAUCCUUCACAAAGAAAGCACUAAAAGGCGUUCGUGCUGUAAUUUCUCCAGCCAAUGACGGUUUCUUCUCUGCACCGAUUGACCUCAAGGGUGUCGAGCACAUUGUUCUGCUAUCACAGCUGCCUGUCUACAGAAAUAGUGGUGGCUUGCAAGCUAUUAUGAACAGCAAACUGAAGAAGCUAGCAGAGAGGGAUGAAGAAGUGGUUCUCUCAUCUGGCAUCCCAUCUACGAUAAUCAGGACUGGUUCUCUGCAAAGCACCCCUGGUGGUGAGAGAGGUUUCGAUUUUACAAAGGGCGUAGCAGCCAAGGGAAGAAUAAGCAAAGAGGAUGCGGCUACCAUCUGCGUGGAAGCUCUGGAUGGCAUUCCCCGAAAGACACUCAUUUUUGAGGUUGCAAAUGGUGAUGAGAAGGUAGCAGACUGGAAAGCAUGGCUUGUAGAGCAGAUUAAAAGAGAUGAGGAGGUACAGUAAAAACUGGAAAGUGUUUCUCCUCUGUCGAACUGUGAGAAAGGAAAAUAGAAACGAGCCCAAAAUAAGGGAUUUGAAGACUCAAAAGAGAAAGAGCUAAAGUUUUACCUUAGAUCUUCUAGCCUGUGUGGCUAUUUUAUUUUAAUCAUAUACCUGAAGAAACAAAAGUGCGUGGAGACGUGGAGGCACAUCUACCUCAGCCUCCAAGGAGGCUAUGCACGUCUCUGCAGCAGUUGGUCUAAUUCAAUAUCUUGUACUGUGAAACUGCAGCUCAAAUGGUGUUACAAUUCUAAUUUUUUUGUUUAAUCAUCCAUGAGUGUUUCUGUGCACAUGUAUCUAGCGUUUCUGCAAUUAUUUAUUUGCUGGUCAGCCUGAAGAUUGUUAAGGCCAUCAAGGUUAUGACUUGGAGGCAAUAGAAGUCAAUGUCACAGGGUACUUGAUUUCUGCA